AUGCGUUCACUUGGUCAGUUCUUCGGAGGACAGAUCUUCGAGCCCAAUCAAUCAACAAAUUUGAAGAGGUUAAUGUACAAAUCAGCACAUGUAAAUCGAACACUCUGCGAAAAUAGCACUAUGACGCUAGUAUCGACUAUCCUUUCUCCUGCGAUCAGUAUCUUUUUGAUAAUCUGGUCGAAUAUUCUUUUGAUACUUUGUACACUGUUGACGUCAGCUGUGCUGGCGUUUCUUAUCUCCUACUAUUUCUAUGGAUUUGCACCACCAUCCAAAACGCCGAGUCGAGCCAACUCUUCUGAUGGUUCGAGCUCAAGAAGUAGCAAAGGAGUUCGAUCUCGUACAAUUCAUGAGAGCGAUGAAGAUGCUCCUAGUGAAGCAAAAGCAAAACCAGAUGUCAUAGAGCUGCGAAGAAUGCGUAAGAGAGAUUGGGCAAGAAAGAUCUACAAAAGUUUGAUGAAGAAUGAUUCUCCUCCGAUGCAUUCCUCUGAAGACUCGGAUUCGAGCGGCAACAAGAACUUCCGGCCCCGUCAUCUCAAACGUCGUCAUUCGACAGCUGGCCCGCUGCAGCUGGCAAAAGACUUACUACGCCGCAGUAGCCGUAAUUACUUCCGCCAGACGUCUGAGAUACGUGAUAAAUUGGCACGACCUCCUCAGGAAUUUUAUGAACCGAGUGAUCUGCCAGAAAUACCUCAGAAUCUCCAACCGGAGCUCUUCUAUAUUCUUCAUAACUUGAAGAUGUUGGAAUUGCCAGCUGAGUGGAAAUUAGAUCCAAGGGACAUAGAUGUACGUACUUUCGCUAAGGGAGAACUAGUUGUACGACCGGGAGAACCGGAUGACAGCAUUUAUGUAGCAAUAGAUGGAACAUUGGCAGUCUAUAUUGCACACAAAGAGGGCAAAGAUUACAUGGUGAAGAAGAUACCGCCAGGAAAUAGUUUCUUUUCUAUGCUAUCCAUGUUGGAUGUGCUGAUGAAUAGCACUUCGGUCUUCAGAUCUGUGUCGCUUAGGGCUCUUGAGCCUUGCACGGUUGCAAAAUUCCCCAUCAAAAGCUUCCGUGACUCAUAUCAAAAGUAUCCCGAACUAUGGAUGAGACCCAUACAAAUUGUUAUCACUCGCCUUCUGCAUGUGACCAUGACCACACUGCAUCAGUAUAUGGGUCUGAGCUCAGAACUGAUGAAGAGAAGACGUGAACCUGCAGUGGAUGACCGCGCCCGUCAAGCUCAAGUUACCGGACCACUUCGACCUAAUCCACCUCCAUUGCCAAGCACAUUGAAGAAGACAAGAGAACCACGAUUUAGCAACACGGACGAUGUUGUAGACCAGCUUGCUAUAGCUCGAAAAUGGUUUGCUGAAGCUCUUGGAUUGGGUGCAGAUGGAGCGUCGUUGAUUGAACACAAGGGUGACAUUACCGUACGUACAUUUGAUGAAGGAGAGAUGCUUGUAGAACAAGGGUCAGAAGAAGAGCAACUUAUUCUUGUCCUCUCUGGAUCGCUGAGGUUACUCCAGGAACCAGUUUUUGAUGAAGAACCUCACGAUGACGAUGACGAUACUAUCUCUCGUCUCUAUCCUCGUGAAAUGGUUGGAGGUCUUCAAAUCCUUACGAAUGAGCCAUCGUUCUACACUAUACGUGCGGCGACUAAGGCGACUGUGGCUAUUUUGAGGAAGGCUGAAUUCAAUAGCCUGCUGGAAGAGCGUCCACACAUAUAUCUUCCGGUUGCCUACUCGGUUCUCCGCCGACUGUCACCAUUCCUCAGAGGUGUGGACUUUGCAUUAGAUUGGGUGCUGGUUGAUUCCGGACAGUCAGUCUACAGGGAAGGUGACUUGGCAGAUUCUAUGUUUGUCAUGUUGAGCGGUCGACUUCGUGCUGUCGAGAAGAAGACCUUAGUGGAAGAGUUUGGUAGAGGAGAUGUGCUAGGCAUGAUGGAGCUUUUACAAAAGAAACCACGAGCUACAACAGUGCUUGCAGUUCGUUUUUCGCAGCUGGCUCGCAUUCCUGAAGGACUACUCAAUUAUAUCAAGCUGCAAUAUCCUCAGGUUGGUUUCCGUUUGGUACAAUUGCUUGGACAGUACUAUAGCAGCAUACAAAGGCGAUUGCCACAUAUGCCUGCAAAUUCACUGGAGGCUCCUGGAGAUCAGAUGAAUCACAUCAAGAAUCUUCAUACGAUCGCUGUUGUACCUGCUUCGACAGAUGUUCCCCUAGUGCCGUUCACUUGUGAAUUGUAUCAUGCUCUGUCUGCCAAUUUGAGAGCGCUUAGAUUGAGCAGUCAGAAGGUGGCGGCACAGUUGGAUAGCACUGUCCUUGAAAAAUUUCUCCAAAGCCAAGACUUCACAUUGCAAGCAGAUUUUCGCCUAAUGCACUGGCUGAAUGUACAGGAGGAUACAUAUCCUCUGGUGAUCUACGAAUGUGAUUAUACGGCGACUAAUUGGACUAGAAGAUGUCUUCGUCAAGCGGAUGCUAUCCUUGUUGUCGCAAUGGGGAAUAAAAAGCCGAAGAACCAGACCCUGAUGCGAGAAUUGCUCAGCACUAAUCAAGAUGGCGCUCGAACGAACAAAGAACUCGUGUUGCUGUGGCCAGAAAAUACGCAGACACCCUCUGGAACUCAUGAAUGGUUUAAAGAUACUUACUACACAGGUCAUCACCAUAUUCGCGCCCCUAAGAGAAUGUUCCAAUGGUCAUCAAAGAAAACGCGAAGAGUUUCAAGAGAAGCUGUACAUUCUGCGAAUGAGCGAGAUGUGGUUGAAUACUAUGAGAAGAAUGUGUUCUGGAAUGUUGAUUUCCGAUCGGAUUUCGCAAGGGUCGCUCGCAUACUCACUGGAAAUGCUAUAGGUCUAGCGCUAGGAGGCGGUGGAGCGAGAGGGGCAGCUCAUGUGGGAGUUUUACGAGCUCUCAGGGAACGAGGCAUUCCUAUCGAUAUCAUAGGUGGUACGUCAAUUGGUUCACUUGUAGGAGGUAUUCAUGCAGGCACACCUGAUGAACGUGUAGAGGAACGCGCGAGUGUAUGGUUCAGGGGUAUGACAAGUCUUUGGCGCAGGAUUUUGGAUCUAACAUAUGCGCAUUCGGCUAUGUUUACGGGUGCACAAUUGAACAAGUCUCUUCAAGAUCUUUUCGGGGAACAAGAUAUCGAAAAUUUGUGGAUACCGUACUUCUGUAUUAGCACAGAUAUCACGACUUCUGAGAUGCGAGUUCAUCGAAGUGGACCUCUAUGGGCUUACUGCAGAGCUUCAAUGUCCCUCGCAGGCUACCUUCCGCCCAUGUGCGACCCUCAAGAUGGUCAUCUGCUGUUGGAUGGAGGAUACGUCAACAAUCUCCCCGCUGAUGUCAUGAGGUCCAUGGGUGCAAAAUGUGUCAUCGCUGUUGAUGUUGGCUCAUCCGAGGAGACAAAUUUGUACAAUUACGGUGAUUGUCUCAGUGGAACUUGGGUAUUGUGGAGAAGACUGAAUCCUUGGGCUGAACCUGUGAGAAUCCUGAAUAUGGAGGAGAUUCAGACCCGGCUGGCAUAUGUAUCGUGUGUGCGGCAGCUUGAACUUGUAAAAAAGGCACCGUAUUGCAGCUAUUUCCGACCGGCUGUUGAGUUAUAUAAAACGCUGGAGUUCAAUAAAUUUAGUGAAAUUCUGGAAAUCGGGCAUGAGUACGCCAAAGGAAAGAUUGGAGAUCUUAUGGAGUUGUCAGCGUUCAGCAAUUUGUUGGUGGGUGAAGGUCAACAAAGUCGACUUCAACGCCAGCUUAGCAGAACCAAUAAGCGUCCCAAUCUGGAGCGUUCUACAUCUUUCACGGAUCUGGCUGCUGCAUUAUCAAAGAUUCCCACAGUUCGACCGAUAAUGCGACACUCAUUGAGUGCAUACGAACCGAGCGAUGAUGUAUUCGAAGACAUCGACUUUUGGGACCUUGCUUCAGAGUCGGAUGCCGAUAACGAACUAUCACAGUCGGACAUAAACGACACGUCAGAAGCAUCGGAUGCUGAGGCUGACCUCGACAAUAGGCAUUCGACGAGUACGCCAAGGCCGUAGGCUACAAUUUGUGACCAAGUAUUUUGUAGUGACAGCUUAUUGUUGUGAGGAAAUGCUUAGUUGUGCACUUACGGGGUCUUUGAGCUUAGCUUCUUCGUUGUUGCCGGCAUUUAGUCAUUUUCGUUGAUUGUUUUCUCUAUUUGUUCACCAUGACUUAGCAUAGAUUUCUUAAUUCCUUUUAUUUUCUUCAUUAUUUGGUGCAUAAGCAUGUCGACUGGUCAAAUUCGUAGUUCAGUUGCCCUGAGCACGAUAUAGCUCAGGAUCACGGCUGUAAGUGAUAUUAUACGUUGCCAUAUAUGAAUACGAUGGUUUAUGCGUAAUUUAGCUGUAUUCUUUGCAUAGUGGUAGUUUUCUUAGAGAUUUAGUAUAUAGUUUAUUUGAGACUUAGAGGGUAUAAGAAUCUUGGUGAGAUCUGUUUAAACACGGUGUUGUCUUCUCCUUCAUCGUUGUACGGAUUUUUGAAUGCGCAUAGAUGAUCCUGUUGUGAAAUCAUCGACCAACGUGUAGUCUCGAAACAUUACGAGUUUAUAGACCAUGUUCCUUCUCUCUCACAUUCGUUCUCGUUCGAUUGCUCUUUCUCUUACACUUUGAACUUAUUGUUUUUUUCCUUCACAAAAUAUUUUUGCUGCCCUAAUAACAUGAUGAAUUGGAUUGCAAUUAUGUUAAAGUGUAAUAUAUUUUUCUCUGAAAUGGUGUUUGUAUCAAG